AGGGCCGCCCCUGCGGGGCAAGAUGGCGGCGCCCAGGCGGACCUAGCGCAAGGGUGAAGAAGAGAGCAUUCUCAUACUGAAGAGGUGCUGGAAAGAGGAGGCAGCCUACUACGUGUCAAGAUGCUAUCUAGACCAAAGCCAGGGGAGUCCGAGGUGGACCUGCUGCACUUCCAGAGUCAGUUUCUUGCAGCUGGAGCAGCCCCAUCUGUACAACUGGUGAAGAAAGGAAAUAGGAGACACGGUGAUGUUAACCUAGACCGGCCUCCAUCGCGGGAGCCUCGGGAUGUGGUGAUGCUGGACAGUCUCCCAGAUUUGCCUCCUGCUUUGGUUCCUGCUCCCCCAAAGAGAGCCAGACCCAGCCCUGGUCAACCUCUGCCUGAACAUGAGGACCCUGAGGAGCGGCUGAACAGGCAUGAUCAGCACAUCACUGCUGUCCUGACCAAGAUUACUGAGCGAGAUACAAGUUCAGUGGCUGUGACUCUGCCUGUGGCCAGUGGUGUCGCUUUCCCUCCUGUAUUCCAUCACUCACAGGGGAGACAGGGAAAGCCAGCAGCAUCUGGUAAGAAGAGCAUCUUUGCCCAGGAAAUUGCAGCAAGGAGAAUGUCUGAAGCCAGAAUCCCUCCAGUUGGAGAAGCCAUGUCCAUGCUGGGCUCACCGGAAGGCACUGUGACCUGUGAGGUACUCACACGUAAGGAGCAGGAUGGCCAGCUUCCUCUUGGCAGCCACCACUUCCUGGGUCCUCAUCUGGUCACAGGAGAGGGACUCAGGGGCCAGGAGCCUAAGCAGGAAGCCCAGACUAUCCAUGAAGAGAAUAUCGCAAGACUGCAAGCCAUGACUCCUGAGGAGAUCCUGCAGGAACAGAGGCAGUUGCUGGCUCAACUUGAUCCCAGCUUGGUUGCCUUCUUGAGAUCUCAUGGCCGCUCCCAGAAGCCAGGUGGAGAGAAGGCUGUGGAAGAGCAAAGGUCAGCAGGAACCUCUGUAGAGGUCACUGGAGAGGAGCCCCUUGUGCCACCUUCUGCCAGUGAGCCCAGGAAGGAAGAUGAGCUGGAACCAGGAACCCCAGCUCUGAGUCUGCCCGUGACCCCCCAUAAAGAAUGGCUGCACAUGGACACCAUUGAGCUGGAGAAGCUCCACUGGACUCAGAACCUGCCCCCACUCAGGCGGCAGCAGACGCAGGAGCGGAUGCAGGCCCGAUUCAGUCUUCAGGGAGAGCUGCUGGCCCCGGAUGUGGACCUGCCUACCCAUCUGGGUCUGCAUCACCACGGCGAGGAGGCGGAGAGAGCAGGGUACUCCCUGCAGGAGCUGUUUCACCUGACACGCAGCCAGGUGGCCCAACAGAGAGCACUAGCGCUGCACGUGUUGGCCCAGGUCAUCGACAGGGCCCAGGCUGGGGAGUUUGGGGACCGGCUAGUGGGCAGUGUUUUGCGCCUCCUUUUGGAUGCUGGUUUCCUCUUCCUCCUGCGCUUCUCCCUGGACGACAGAGUGGAUGGAGUCAUCACAGCUGCUGUCCGUGCUCUGCGGGCUCUGCUGGUCGCUCCUGGAGAUGAGGAGCUUCUUGAUAGCACCUUCGCCUGGUACCAUGGAGCUUUGAUGUUUCCUCUGAUGCCCAGUCAGGAGGACAAAGAAGAUGAGGACGAGGACGAAGAGCCCACAGCAGAAAAGGCCAACAAGAAGAGCCCUGAGGAAGGAAACCGGCCUCCAUCUGACCUGGCUCGACAUGAUGUCAUCAAGGGGCUUCUGGCCACCAACCUGCUGCCUCGGCUGCGUUAUGUGCUGGAGGUGACGUGCCCAGGACCCUCUGUGGUCCUUGACAUCCUGGCUGUGCUUAUCCGCCUGGCCCGGCAUUCUCUGGAGUCAGCCACAAGGGUCCUGGAGUGCCCUCGGCUGAUAGAGACCAUAGUUCGAGAGUUUCUGCCCACCAGCUGGUCCCCCGUGGAGGCGGGGCCUACUGCCAGUCUACACAAAGUCCCCUGCACCAGCGCCAUGAAACUGCUUCGUGUCUUGGCUUCGGCUGGUAGGAACAUUGCUGCCCGACUGUUGAGCAGUUUUGAUCUCCGGAGCCGCCUGUGCCGCUUUACAGCUGAGGCUCCCCAGGAUCUGGCUUUGCCUCCAAAGGAAGCCGAGACGCUGAGCACUGAGGCCUUCCGUCUGUGGGCCGUGGCGGCCUCUUAUGGCCAGGGCUGUGACCUUUACCGGGAGCUGUAUCCAGUGCUGAUGCGGGCCCUGCAGGCAGCACCAAAGGAGCUCAGCGCCCACCCUCCUCGGCCCCUGUCCACUCAGCGGAUAGCCUCGCUGCUCACUCUCCUCACCCGGCUGACCCUGGCAGCCAACGGCACUGGCUCUGGGCCCAGCAGCGAUUCUGCUGAGGACCUGUCAGCCGCUCCUUCUGGGAUCGCUUGGAGCGAGGUAUCUGGGCUCCAGCCUCUGGUGGAGCUAUGUCUAAGACAGACCUUGAAGUUGCUACCCAGACCUGAGAUGUGGUGUGCCCUGGGCCCUGUGCCCACUGCCUGCCUGCUCUUCCUGGGCGCCUACUACAAGUCCUGGAGCCAGCAGCCGAGUGUGUGCCCCGGAGAUUGGCUCCAGGACAUGGAACGCCUGUCGGAGGAGCUGCUGCUGCCCUUGCUGCGCCAGCCCGCUCUGGGCAGCCUGUGGGACUCCCUUGGGCGCUGCUCCCCGCUCUGCAACCCGCUGUCCUGUGCUCCGGCCCCUGAAGCUCUCCCGAGCCUUGUGUCACUGGGCUGCACGGGAGGCUGCCCCUCUCUUAGUAUGGCUGGCUCAGCAUCGCCCUUCCCAUUCCUCACUGCCCUCUUCUCUCUUUUCAACACCCUGACCCGGAUCCAUAAGGGCUUGUGUGGUCAGCUGGCGGCCGUAUUGGCUGCCCCGGGACUGCAGAGCUACUUCCUCCAAUGUGUGACUACAGCGGCUGCCCCACACCUCACACCCUUCUCUGCGUGGGCCCUGCGCCAUGAGUACCACCUGCAGUACCUGGCACUCGCCCUGGCCCAGAGAGUGGCAACAUUCCAGCCAAUGCCAGACACCCGUGCCGCCCUCCAUCAUGGCCUGGCCUUGGCCCUGCUGAGCCGGCUGCUGCCCGGGAGUGAGCACCUCGCCCAGGAGCUGCUGCUGAGUUUUGUAUUCCGGCCAGAGUUCCUACCGGAAAGAGCAUCCGGGGGCCUGGAGGCAGCUGACUUCUCUGACCGGCUCUCCCUAGGGGGUGGCAGGGCUCCUGGCUGUAGGCGAGGGGCUCUGCUGGCUCAGGCCUGCCGGGAUCUCCCCAGCAUCCGCAGCUGUUACCUGGCCCACUGCACCCUGGUCCGAGCCAGCCUGCUUGCUUCCCAGGCCUUGUACCGAGGAGAGCUGCAGCAGGUCCCGGGCCUGCUGCUCCCUGUGCCUAAGGAGCCGCUGCUGCCCACCGACUGGCCUUUCUUGCCGUUGAUUCAUCUGUACCACCGGGCCUCGGAGACCCCCGCCGGGCUUCCUCCUGCCGACACAGUGGGCACAGCCACGCGGGCCCUGCAGUGGCUACUGGUCCUGGACAGCUGGCGCCCCCAGGCCCUCCUGGCCGUGCCUCCGGCCGCCCGCCUGGCACGACUCAUGUGCGCCUUCCUGGUGGACGGCGAGCUCUUUCGGGAGACCCCAGUACAACACCUGGUGGCUGCCCUCCUGGCCCAGCUCUGCCAGCCCGAAGUCCUGCCGAAACUUAACUUGGACUGCCCACUCCCUGGCCUGACAUCUUUCCCUGACCUCUACGCCAACUUCCUGGAGCAUUUUGAGGCUGUCUCUUUUGGGGAUCACCUCUUUGGAGCUCUGGUCCUCCUUCCCCUGCAGCGUCGGUUCAGCGUCACCUUGCGCCUUGCCCUCUUUGGAGAGCACGUUGGAGCCUUGCGAGCUCUGGGCCUGCCUCUGAGCCAGUUGCCUGUGCCCCUGGCAUGCUACACAGAGCCCCCUGAGGACAACCUGGCCCUCCUUCAGCUCUACUUCCGGGCCUUGGUCACCGGUGCACUCCGCGCAUGCUGGUGCCCUGUGCUCUAUGCUGUGGCUGUGGCCCAUGUCAACAGCUUCAUCUUUUCCCAGGACCCCAAGAACUCAGACGAGAUGAAAGCUGCCUGCAGAAGCAUGCUGCAGAAAACAUGGCUGCUGACAGAUGAGGGUCUCCGACAGCACCUCCUCCACUAUAAGCUCCCGAAUUCCAACGUCCCAGAAGGCUUCGAGCUGUAUCCCCAGUUGCCCCCUCUGCGUCAGCAAAACCUCCAGAGACUGACCCCAGGGGUAUUCCAAAAUGGGGUAUCAGAGACCUAGCAAAACUGCUGCAAAUGAAGAGAUGGCUAUAUUCUCCUGGGGUGCACCCACAGAUGCUUCACCAAACAGAAGAGCUUUUGUCCUAAGGGUGAACAGGAGACAAGAGCAGAAGACUUGCCUUCUUGGGAGCAAGCAGGGUGAACCAUUACAUCCUGGUAUCUGAAACAGCAUCUGGGCAUCUUAGGGUUGGUAGUGGGAAUGAAUGAAGGGUGACUUAACCAUUUACCCCCUCUUGGGGAAGAGACAACUAAGUUCACCUCUCCAUCUUCUCCUCUCCUGCCUCAGACCAGAGUAUAUAAAUACUGUAACUGUAUAUCUGUAUAUUGAAAUAUAAUUUUUUUUAAUCUC